AUGGACCUGCAACUUGAUGGCAAAACGGCGAUCGUUACCGGAGGCAGCCGAGGUAUUGGCAAGGCGGUGGCACGAGUGCUGUCCGCCGACGGCUGUAGUGUCGUGAUCACCGGCCGUUACGCCGACACCCUGUCCGAGUCGGCCGAGGAUAUUGCGGGUGAUACCGGCAAGACGAUCAUCCCCAUCGUGGCCGACAUGACCAGUACCGACCAGGUGAAUGCGAUGGUCGCCCAGGCCGCCGAGGCCUUGGGUGGUCGGGUCGACAUCCUGGUGAACAACGCCGCCGCUCCCGGCGGUCUGGCCCGUGGGUCGCUGGCCGAAAUCCGCGACGAAGACGUCAUGCUGGACCUGGACACCAAGGUCAUGGGCUACCUGCGCUGCGCGCGGGCGGUUGCUCCCUACAUGCAGCAACAGGGAUGGGGUCGCAUUGUCAACGUCGGCGGUUUGUCGGCGCGCCGGGCGGAGGGCAACCUCAGCGCCGGCGUCCGCAACUCGGGCCUGUCCAACCUGACCAAGUACCUGGCCGAGGAGCUGGGCAGCGACGGCGUCUGUGUCAACCUGGUCCAUCCCGGCACCACCCGCACCGAGCGCAGCGGCCCCAUGUACGCCGAGCAGGCCCAACGGGAAGGCACCACCGUCGAGGAAAUCGAGCGUCGCGCCGCGGCCCGCAACUCCACCCGGCGCAUCGUUGAUGCCGAAGAGCUGGCGUGGGUUGUGGCCUUCCUGGCCUCGCCCCGCAGCAUCGCCAUCAGCGGCGAGACCAUCGCCGCCGGCGGCGGAGCCGGCACCAACGUCUAUCACUGA